AUGAUGAUCGUCCCACCCACCAAUAAAACGAUCGUCUCCUUCAUUCUCUUACUGAUCAUCUUGACUUUUGCCUCGUGUCGGGUUUACAGCUUUCAUUCUGCUGCUACCAAUCGGGAUACUUCUCCGACCUUACAAGAGAAAUUCAACUCAAUCCAAUCUCAACAACAUCAACUACUCGUGAAUCGAUGGCAUUAUUAUUUCCUUCAACUCAUCAAUCAAGUCAAUUCCUACAAGUAUAAUUGUGCUAAUAUUCGUAAUGAUCCUAAUGAUGAUGAAAAAAAUCAUUCCGAAAACCAAUCAAAUCGAGAAUCCAUUUUGGAGUUGAAACAAACUUGGUUUGCUGCUCCAAAUGAAUUGACACAAUUUCCACAACAUUAUUUGAAAUUGAUUCAAAAUGGAUUGUUAUCGAGUCGGGAAGAUUUGUGGAAAAGAUUUUCUUCUUUGAUGACGACUAUCAAAAUGUCGAAAAUUGGAGAAUUUGGAAGAGAACAUUUGAGAGUAUUGAAUGAAUUGUUGAAAAGAGCGGAACAGCGAGAUUUGUUGAGAAUGGUCAAGUUGAGAAAUGUCAAUAAUUUGGAGGAAUUAAGAAAGAGGCAAAGAGCAAUGAAUAUUCCAGAGACAUUUGACAGUCGAAUGCAAUGGCCUUCUUGUAUUCAUCCCAUUCGAGAUCAAGGCAAUUGUGGAUCAUGUUAUGCUUUUGCUUCGACUGAAGUAAUGAGUGAUCGAUUUUGCAUCUUUUCAAAUGCAAGCGUGAAUGUGGUCUUGUCUCCACAAGAUUUAAUUUCAUGCUCUUGGUAUUCAUUUGGUUGUGAUGGCGGAAUUCCUGGUCUUGUCUUUGAUUAUCUUCACAAAGAUGGAGUCGUGUCAGACGCCUGUCUUCCUUAUUUAUCCUAUAAUGGAAAUACUGGGCACAAAUGUCCUUCCUAUUGUUUCAAUAAUGCAAGCAAGCCAUUGAAGGAUGAUAAAUAUUUUGCAAAAUCAGUCUAUCAUGUAGGAUCUUUCAUUGAAAAUAAGGAGGACCGAGUGAUAGCCAUUCAGCAAGAGAUUUUAAAGAAUGGUCCUGUGAAUGCAGAUUUUAUGGUCUUUCAAGAUUUUGUGACCUAUAAAAGCGGAGUGUAUAGACAUUUGACAGGAAGUUUUGCUGGAAUUCAUGCUGUGAAAAUUAUUGGAUGGGGAGUGGAAAACAACAUUCCUUAUUGGUUAGUGGCAAAUAGUUGGGGAACAAAUUGGGGUUUUGAUUUUGGUCACUUUAAAAUAUUGAGAGGUCAAGAUGAGUGUGGAAUUGAAUUUUCAGUGUAUUCAGGAAUUCCAAACCUUGAAAAUGUUCCAAAAACAACAACACCUAAAUGA